GGCCGGGCGAUGAUGACCUUUGCGAACAUCUCAUCUCAUCUGCGCACUGAGGUCACGGUUCCUUGCCGCUGCCUCGACAAUACCUACACGCUAGCAGCCUGGGAGGCAUCAAAGCCGAUGCCGUGAUAGCAUGGGCUGAAUGACAGUCUUAUUUUUUUUAAUCGUACCACGAAUAAGUUUUGGUCGCGUUCGUAGCUUGUGCGACAACGAAACAUCUCGCCUGGCCUAUGUGCCAGCAGAUGGUGGACCUGCAAGACCAGGGAUGACUGCAUCAGUACUGCAAUAUGGUAGGCUUGAAACCAUCGUACACUCCGAGCUCACUUUCUCCGAUCUCCUGUGCAUUCUGAGACUCAUGGUAUGACGAGUAUGGCAGUCAGAUACGGAAAGCAC